CAGAGAUGGCUUAGCUCGCUGGGCUAACAGCCUGUCCGACUGGCGCCUCUCAGGCGGCUGUGGACGGACAAUAAAUCAGUCGGUGAACGGCUCCAGCGUACCAGCAGGCCUCUAUUUAUUGAGUUUUACCGUCAAAAACAUCCUGGUGGCGUUUCUUUAUCCGUCUCUGAAGGUUUCGUCAUUGGAUUUAAGCUACUCGCCUCCAAGGGGAAAUCUUCGUCUUCUGUGCUGCUCUUGACUGCGGAGAAUCUGUUAAAGUUGGUUGAAAACCAGUCUGUGCAGCGAGCAGCGUCUUUAUCAGCGGCUCAACUGCAUUAAUAUGAUACUUUGAGCGAAGGGAAACAUGGAUCUUGGCAGUUUCCACGUCCUUCUGCUGCUCCUCCUGCAGGCUCUACAGGCGUCGGCUGAGGACUCAGAAGGACACCUGAUGUGUCUUUGCGAAGGCUCCAAAUGUCAUCAGACCCCAGAGUGUCGAGGCACCCAGUGCUUCUCCUCCAUUAAAGUGAGCGGCGGCGAGGUGCUGCUGGAGCACGGCUGCUUCAAAGAGCGACUGCAGUGCUUCACGGCGCCGUCCUUCCACCAGGCCGUCCACUGCUGCUCCAAGCACAUGUGCAACGAGAACACCACCAGGAGCUUCCUGAUGUCGCUUCUUAUAUCAGCCCCUGAAGGGGAACCGGUUCGGUACCGGGUGGAGACGUUGGCUCUCUUCGUGCUCGCCCCAGUGGUGGUUCUGGUCCUGCUGUCUGUGGUGUCGGUGCUGGCCUGCAGGAGGCUCCACCGUGGCCGCCUCCAGAGGCUGCAAGAGUUUGACACCGAGCAGGGAGAUGGUCUCAUCACCUCCAAUGUGGGAGACAGCACUCUAGCUGAUCUUUUGGAUCACUCGUGCACUUCAGGCAGUGGUUCAGGUCUUCCCUUCCUCGUCCAGAGAACUGUAGCCAGGCAGAUCAGCCUGGUGGAGUGUGUUGGUAAGGGGCGAUAUGGAGAGGUGUGGCGCGGUCAGUGGCAGGGGGAGAACGUUGCCGUGAAAAUCUUCUCCUCCAGAGACGAAAAGUCUUGGUUCAGGGAGACGGAGAUCUACAACACCGUGCUGCUAAGGCAUGAGAACAUUCUUGGAUUUAUGGCGUCCGACAUGACUUCUCGAAACUCCAGCACUCAGCUGUGGCUCAUCACUCAGUACCAUGAAAACGGCUCGCUGUACGACUACCUGCAGCGAGUUGCCGUGGAGACGUCGGAGGGCCUGGCGAUGGCGGCGUCGAUCGCCAACGGCCUGGUUCACCUGCACACCGAGAUCUUUGGCACCGAGGGCAAACCGGCCAUUGCACACCGAGACCUGAAGAGCAAAAACAUCCUGGUGACCAAGGAGCUGCGCUGCUGCAUUGCAGACCUUGGGCUGGCUGUGACACACACUCAGGCUGACAACCUGCUGGAUGUGGGCAACAAUCCCAAGGUUGGCACCAAGCGCUACAUGGCACCUGAAGUGCUGGAUGAGACCAUUCAGACCGACUGCUUCGACGCCUACAAGAGGGUCGACAUAUGGGCCUUCGGACUGGUGCUGUGGGAGAUAGCGAGGCGCACGUACAGCAACGGUAUCGUCGAAGAGUACAGACCUCCAUUUUACGAUCAGGUGCCAAACGACCCCAGCUUUGAGGACAUGAGGAAAGUGGUGUGUGUGGAGCAGCAGAGGCCUUUCAUUCCUAAUCGCUGGUUUUCAGAUCCGACGCUCUCUGCUCUGGUUAAACUGAUGAAGGAGUGUUGGUACCAGAACCCCUCUGCCAGACUCACAGCGCUGCGCAUCAAGAAGACCCUUGAUAAGAUCCACAGCUCCCUGGAGAAGGGCAAGGAGUCGUGAGACGGAGGCGCCUGCAUGAUGUCAGGCGGCUUGGAGUUUGUUGAAAUGAGAGGCAAUCCGAAGGAUGGAGACGGACAGGAAAGCUUCUAUCCUUCUCUUGCUCUUCCUUUCUCUGCUGUUGCCUUCCACCGACAUCCCUCUGUUUGACUUGAAGACAUUUGGAGCCGUCGCAUUUGGACAAACCAGCCGUAGCCGUGGGACGCGUCCCGAGUUACCGCCGCGGACUGUUACAGGGUGUGAAAGGUUGGCAUAUUAUAGUACCCGAUCAUACUGCUUCCAUGCACGGUCCACACGGCUCUGGGUCCGGCCUUUCUACACACACCAAACACUACAUGCCGAGUCCAGCGUCUGAUCUCCGGCCAAGCAUUUUCUUUGGCAUGCGUUUGUGGCAUUCUGCUGAGAGACAAUCAGAUUUUGCUCCACUCACUCGGCGUGAUCUGAACAAGCCAACGAAUACUCGACAUGUUCACUUAAUAAAAGGAGAAGAGCCAAUAGAAUCAAAACUUUUUAGUCCCGUUUUAAAAGUGAUAUUUAUGUAUUGAACCUCCACUGUUACCCACACUACUGAGGAUUUAUGCAAGACUGGUGUACGACGAUGAUGGUGAUGUGAACAUAUGUAGGCAUUAACGCUAUUGGACUGUAACUAUCAUCACUACCAAGUAGGAAAUAAUUUGCUGAGAAAUACAGAAGGACGUUUGACUUUUUGAUAUUGAGAAAUGAGAUGAAACAGGAUGUGGGCGAGUAUAAAGAGAGAACACUACGCUGUUUGAAGUUUAAAUUACAUUCUCAAUUGGGAAGAAUAUUAUAUUAAUUUGGGGCUUUUAAUUGUUUAUUUUAGUUGUUCUGUGAUGGAAUGAGUUGGCAACAUACUUCACUGAUUAUUAAAAACAAAGAUUAGGCAAACUUAUGCAACCUUUUGCCAGGAACAGGAUUCAAUUGAAUACAUGCAUAUACUUUGAAGCAUUUUAUAGUUUAUAAUCAGUUCCAAGGUUUUACUGGUUUUAGAUUGGAUGAAGCAGGCUAACAAUUAGCUUCUUAAUUAUAUAAAACAUUUUUGAAUGAUGCUUAAAAAAAAUCCAGGUCUAUACAGGAACUCAACCAAUUUAAAUAAGCUCAAAUAUUUUUCACAAGAAGGUAUGGUGGUCAAAUGUGCAGCUCUGAUUUCUGCUUUAACCUGGUAUAUGGAUUAUCUAAAAAAAAAAAAAAAAAAAUUU